CCGAGGGGCGGGCCUAAGCUGGUGGGAGGCCGGGCGGAAGUGUGCGCGCCGCGGGCCGCCCUGGUUACCGCGUUCUCCGCCCCUCGCUGCGUCAUCGCUCUGAGCCCGCAAUCCGCUGCCCGCGCGGGCGCCGCCUGAGACCAUCGGGGCCCCGGUUGCCGCCCCCUCAGGAGCCACCAUGUUGGUGAUACCCCCCGGACUGAGCGAGGAGGAGGAGGCUCUGCAGAAGAAAUUCAACAAACUCAAGAAAAAGAAAAAGGCAUUGCUGGCUCUGAAGAAGCAAAGCAGCAGCAGCACAGCCAGCCAAGGCGGUGUCAAACGCUCACUGUCAGAGCAGCCUGUGGUGGACACAGCCACAGCAACAGAGCAGGCAAAGCAGCUGGUGAAGUCAGGAGCCAUCAGUGCCAUCAAGGCCGAGACCAAGAACUCAGGCUUCAAACGUUCUCGAACCCUAGAGGGGAAGUUAAAGGACCCUGAGAAGGGGCCAGUCCCCACUUUCCAGCCAUUCCAGAGGAGUGUAUCUGCCGACGACGAUCUGCAGGAGUCAUCCAGACGUCCCCAGAGGAAAUCUCUGUAUGAGAGUUUUGUAUCUUCCAGUGAUCGGCUUCGGGAACUGGGGCCAGAUGGGGAAGAAGCAGAGGUCUCAGGGGCUGGUGAUGGCCCCCCUCGAAGCUUUGACUGGGGUUAUGAAGAACGUGGUGGUGCCCGCUCCUCAGCCUCCCCACCCCGAAGCCGCAGCCGGGACCGCAGUCGUGAGCGGAACCGGGACAGAGACCGGGAACGGGACCGAGACCGGGAUCGAGACCGGGACCGGGACAGAGACCGCGAUCGAGACCGGGACAGAGAUCGGGACAGGGACCGAGACCGAGAUCGAGACCGGGACAGGGAUCGGGACCGAGAGGGCCCUUUCCGCAGGUCGGACUCAUUCCCUGAACGCCGGGCCCCGCGGAAGGGGAAUACUCUCUAUGUGUAUGGAGAAGACAUGACGCCCACCCUCCUCCGUGGGGCCUUCUCUCCCUUUGGAAACAUCAUUGACCUCUCCAUGGACCCACCCAGAAACUGUGCCUUCGUCACUUACGAAAAGAUGGAGUCAGCAGAUCAGGCCGUUGCUGAGCUCAACGGGACCCAGGUGGAGUCCGUACAGCUCAAAGUCAGCAUUGCCCGAAAACAGCCCAUGCUGGAUGCCGCCACUGGCAAGUCUGUCUGGGGCUCCCUGGCUGUCCAGAAUAGCCCUAAGGGUUGCCACCGGGACAAGAGGACCCAGAUUGUCUACAGUGAUGACGUCUACAAGGAAAACCUUGUGGACGGCUUCUAGGGAGUGAAGCUGGAUUCCGUGUGCCUCAUCUGCCCCAACGCUGGUCUCAGUAAAACACUGAGGUGGAAGCUUA